UCAAAUAAUGGAAGAUCCGUGUCAAAUGAGCUUCUACACAAAAAAUAGAAAACUUUCAGACUGUGAAGAUGAAGAGGUUCUAAUUGGUGAGGGAAGUUUUUGAGUUGAAUAAUGAAAUUUACAAGAAGCUUAAUAAGAAAAAAAGGAAAAAGAAGCACUCAGAUCAUGAACAUCAGGAUAUUCUUGAGUCAUUGCAUCCCAAUUACCAGAAAUUGGAAGCUACACAUAAAGUGAGUCCCAAGAAAAAAAAGAGAAAAAAAGUCUCCAUUUCUGAUGACGAAAAUAGCUUGUCUGAAGCUAUAUCUUCAUCAGACAUAAUAGAAGCAAAUGCUAGUCCACAGCAUCAGAUAAUGUGCAAAGCUGAUGUUCAUUUAAAAGAGAAGAAAUACAGCAAGAAGAAAAAAGACUCUGAAAAUUAUGAGGAUGAAAUACAUUUCAAAUGGGACCACCAUGAACAUCCGCAACUUCAUUUUGAAGGGGAUGGAAACCGUGAAUUUUUAAACAAACCCAGGAGCACACAAGGAGGCUUGCAGUUUUCAGCUCUCGAGACAAAAGAUGAUUUUGAUGGUGACUUCAGUGAUGAUGCCUAUGAUAAAACAGUGAGAAGAAAAGGAAAUAAGACAGAGAAAGUAAUGAUUGAGCCCCAAAAAUAUCACAAAAUAGACUUGCCAGGCAGACAAUAUGUUGAGUCAGAUUUGCCUGUAGUACAAUAUGAUAAGUCAGAUUUGCCAGAACUACCUAAUAUUUUACCUUUGUAUAAUGUUAAAAAAUAUGUAAAUCUUAAAAAGAAAACAUCUUUUCCAGUACAAAUUCGACUCAACGGGGUUGUAAGAACAUAUGAAGAAUGCUUUUAUGAGUUUCCUCCAGGAGUUGGAAUUCCUCCUGAAGAGAUCGAAGAAAUUCCUGAUGAAUAUGACCAUUGGAAACGUGCAUGGAAAGUUCUUCCAGAUAAAAAAUUUACAGAAGAAGAAAUAAAAGAAGAAAUAGAGAAUAAAAUAGAUAAGAUAUGUGAUUAUUUUCAUAGAUAUUAUACUGGAAAUCUAACAAGCAAGGAGUUGAAACCAAAGCGACCCAGAAAUUUUUUUGAAGUGUAUCUACCUACUCCGGACCAAGUAGAGUUUCUAAAAAAAUUGCGCAUCAAAGUAAAUUGGAAACUUGGUUUAGUUCAUAGAUACUGUUAUGAAUUUAUAUACGGGACAUCUGCAUGCAGAGCAAUGGCUGCACAUGGAAUAGAAUGGAGGAAAAGCACUGGAUUGUCUAGAGCUGAAAAAGAAGUUGUAUUGAGUAACUGGAUUCACUUUCAAAAGGUGAGUUUAACUAUUUUUAACUAGCUUAAUUGGA